UUUGCCUCUACUGAUGAUGCAGGGCAUAGCGGAGUUAACCAGCUGGGUGGAGUUUUUGUAAAUGGACGGCCGCUACCCGACAGCACACGCCAAAGAAUCGUAGAAUUGGCACACAGCGGUGCCCGACCGUGUGACAUCUCCAGAAUUCUUCAGGUCUCCAAUGGUUGUGUGAGCAAAAUACUAGGGCGAUAUUAUGAGACAGGGUCCAUAAGACCGCGCGCAAUCGGAGGGAGCAAGCCACGGGUGGCUACCCCCGAGGUGGUACAAAAAAUUGCACAGUUCAAACGGGAAUGUCCGUCGAUAUUUGCCUGGGAGAUCAGAGACCGGCUACUUUCUGAAGGAGUAUGCACCCAGGACAAUAUACCCAGCGUAUCCUCAAUAAAUCGAGUUUUACGUAAUCUUGCGAGCGAAAACCAAAAGGUGAUUGGUCAAGGGACUAUGUACGACAAAUUGGGCUUAUUGAACGGUCAGGCAUGGCCCAGGCCUAAUCCGUGGUACGCCCCCAACGCGUCUAUGGCUGGGCUUAGUGCACCUACAAGUUACGCAGCGCAGCCGAACCCGACUGCAAGCGUGGCGAGUAAAAAGGGUGAGUAUAUGUAAAAAAUGAAUGAAAAAAUGAAUGAAAAAAUAGUAAAAUGUAUAUAUAUAUAUAUGUAGUCAAAAAUUGUUACUAAAAAUAGGGGGAAAUUGUACGAAAAGUGAAGGAGGGAAAUUUAUUUUUGUCAGAGGGGGGAAGAAAUGAAAAAUGUAAGUAGGUUUUGUUAAAAAAUGGGGAAAAUUUUGGGAAAGAGAAGGAAAGAAAUUUAUUUUUCAUUUUCGGUGGAGGAAUGAAAAAAAAAAAAGAAAGAAUUAAGAAUGAAUGAAUAUAUGUAAGCAAAAAAUAUUUUGUUAAAAAAAUGGGGUAAAAUUGUAAGCGAACGAAGGAAAUCUAUUUUUGACAGUGAGGUGGUGUUGGCGGGGGAGGAGAAAUGAAAAAUGCAAGCGAAUCUUUUGCUGCAAAAUAGAAAUUAUAGGAAAAACGAACGAGGGGAAUUUAUUUUUAAAAAGGGGGAAAGAAAUUAAAAAUGGGGGAAAGACAGAAGCAAAACCAAAUGAGGAAAAGUUGGUUUUGAAAAUGGGUGACGGGGGAGGAAAAAAUGAUGAAAAAUGAUUAGACCAAGGCAAAAUUGUUUGUAAAAGAUGGGGAGUAGUGAAUGACGGAAAAUUUAAUGGGGUGAACGUGUUUCUGAAAAAAUGGGGAAAAUGAGGGAAAUGAGUUGAAACCGGUAUGGGAACUUAUUUAGAGAAAACAAUGGAAAUUAUUAUAAAUGUCGGCCAAUUUGUUUGUAAUUAUUUACAUUUGGAUUAAUUAUUAUGUUUUGUUUGGUUAACAUUUAUUUUGUUAUUCUUAUCGUUACCUAUAUGUUUUUGUUAUUUUAUUGUUGCUGUAUUUUAUGUUUUGUUUCUGUUGACGAUGAAUUUAUGUUGAUUCUAUUACAUAUAGAUAUGCACCAUAUAUAAUGCUCAUGCAUUUAUCAAAUGUGUAUAUAUAUACAUUACGCAUAUAUAAACAUAACGCAUAUAGAUAACAGAUUAUAUAUAAAUACAAUGCAUGCAUACACACAUAUAGAAUUGACAAACCAUGAAGGGAGUGGAGAUUUAUUAAAAGGUUCUCUGCAACAUGCAUAACAAUGAUUCUGAUGCAGCAGCUGCACAUUGCUCUGUAUGUAUGCAAUGAUGUAUCCUAGUCGCUGCAAUUUCACCAACGGAACAUCACUUGGGUCGCUUUGAACCUCAUGUAAUUCUACAAGUUUCCUGCGUUGGUAUUCAGUUGAAGGGGUUAGGGUUACUUUUAAAAUUAUAUGUGUAUGUAUGUGUAUAUAUAUAUAUAUAUAUAUAUAUUUGCAUGUAUAAUAUAUAUAUAUAUAUAUAUAAAUAAAUAUAAUUAAGGGAUCAGCAAAUAUUUGCUUCACCAUAUACCGAAGUUCAGAAAUAUGCUUUCAGGCCUGUGUCGGUGUGGAAUGUUACUAGUCCAUGCUUGCACAGUUUGCUAGCAUAGUCAAAUUUACUACUGGAAUACAGUAUUGAUGAAGGAAAUUGAUUAUUAUCAAUCAUGAUCCAGAAACGCGUCUACUGUUAAACAUCGGAAUUGGUUAGUUUUCAUUGUUUUUGCCUUUGUGAGUUACAAGUGAUGCUAUCUGUGGGAU